AUGCCUCUGCAUUCUAUCAUCAGUUCACUGCGCGCGCAGACGCGAAGGAGGCGCGGCGAUGCGCUACAGGCUAACACGGAGAAGCUGGGAUGGCGACUGGCAGAUGUGUUUGUGAGCAUGUGGGAUCUGGGCUUCACCGCGUUUGGAGGACCGCCUGUGCACUUCCAGAUUCUGCAUCGUAGAUUUGUGGAUGGCGCGGGCCACGUGGGAAGUAAAUGGAUUGAUGAGCAGACUUACCAGGAACUCUUUGCAAUAUGCCAGGCCCUGCCUGGUCCUGGUUCCACCAAAAUGGUGUUUUGCAUCGCCAUGCUACACGCAGGUCUGGGUGCUGCAGUCUUUGCAUUCUUACUCUGGAGUCUCCCUGGUGCAAUCGGCAUGUACGGUCUAUCACUUGGUGUGCAGAAGAUGCCUGAUCGCCUACCUCCAACAGUGUACGCUCUGUUGACUGGCAUGAAUGCGAGUACGGUAGGCAUCAUUGCAUUAGCCGCCGUGCAAUUGUCCGAGAAAGCCAUCAAGGACCGUCUCACCAGAAUCCUCGUCAUAUUUGGUGCUUGUGCGGGACUUUGCUACAACGCACUGUGGUACUUCCCCGUUUUGAUUGCCAUCGGUGGGGUAAUAACAGUGCUUUGGGACGUAUGGCUGAAGCAGAGCAUUGGCAAAGCUCGGGCGCGUUAUGCAGCAAAGAGGAGGAGAGCCAGGAAUGAAGAUGGCCAUUUGGAGGAGAUACCUGCAACUCAAAAUAUCCCAUCGCAGGUCCAGCGGCCAGAGGCUGUUAAAAGACGAGCUCAGGCGGCAACUUCAAGAGACCAAAUUCUCGAAGACCAAGAGCAAGCGGAAUCUAGUCGUCGUAACGAUGGACACAGUGAGGGAAACGCACCAAGUACGAUUAGUACGCCAACAGCAGACAUCAGAACACACAACAUCUCAGUCAAAGUUGGACUAUCGCUCAUCGCAGCCUUCUUUGCAUCUUUCAUAAUCGUCAUGACAGUCCGCGGCACUGUGUCUCCCCGGCCCCUCUCCUUCGACCUCUUCUCCAACAUGUACCUAGCCGGCACCAUCAUCUUCGGAGGCGGCCCUGUCGUCAUCCCACUGCUACGAUCUUAUGUCGUCGACCCAGGAUGGGUUUCACCUCGCGACUUCCUCCUCGGCCUCGCCAUCAUCCAGGCCUUUCCCGGCCCCAACUUCAACUUCUCAGUCUACCUCGGCGCCCUCACCCUCGCUUCCACAGGAAUCCCAACCGUUUUUGGCGCGCUACUCGCAUUUUUGGGCAUCUUUGCACCCGGGAUUAUCAUCGCGGUCGGCGUGCAAAGUAUCUGGCAGGUUGUGAGGACAAAGCCGUGGGUGUUGAGCUUGCUGCGAGGGAUUAAUGCUACUGCUGUUGGGCUGGUGUUUACCGCUGUUUAUAGGCUUUGGGAGAUUGGCUAUUUGACCCCGGAGAGUAGCGAUGGGAAGAGCUUGGCUGAGGAGCCUUGGUGGGUCGUUGUUGCGGCACUUACGUAUGCGGAGACGGCGUGGUUUGAUGUCCCGCCAGCCGUGGCGAUUAUUAUUGGUUCGGUGCUUGGACUGGGGUGGUACGGUGCUGUUGGGCGUUGA